AUGGCUCGCGCUAGCGUCGUCUUCGCCAUCGCCGCUCUCCUCUUUGUCGCCAUGGCCGUGGCGCCGCUGGCCGCCGAGGCGAAGGAGUCCGCCGACGCCCCCACUGCCGACGCGCCGGCCGAUGGACCCAGCGCGCCGGUGGGUGCCCCUGGUCCCCAGGGCGUCGAUGGCCUGUCAGGCAACGAGGACGAGGACGAUGACUCCACCAACUGA